ACUCAACCGAUUGGUUAGAACCUUUUACAUCCAAAUCUAAUUAUUAAUAUUUUAUAUUUUUCUGUUCAAAAAAAAAUAAAUCUGGUAACGAAGAAUCUGAGCGGCACAUGCAAUGGCUUUCUAUAUAGCACUGCUUGAAAUAGAAGUAGAAUAAUAUUUAUCAGGUGGGUUUGAAAGGCGAUAGCUUUAGCCCAUUAGAGGAAACACCCGUUACAGCUCUCUAGGACAAUCGAUCGGUACUCAUGGCGUCAGCGACCUCCAUUGUUUCCGGCAUCAAUCCUUCAAGGAUCCUGACUUCCUUCAACUCCGCGAAUGACUACAGAAGAAUCAACCUGACCGGUGUUAAAACUUAUCCGGCGUUGACUGGGAGAGGAUACUCGUCGGUCGGAGCUGUGUCCUCAAUUCGCGGGAAUGCGAAAUCUUCCUUUCCGUCUUCCAGUCGCAUUUACCCUCGGAAUCUCGUUUUCAGAGCUGCACCUGAAGCUCUGCCAAGUGCUUGUGAAAAUGCCACCGCUUCUUCAGUCAAAUCUUUCAACCAGUUGAUUGAGUCUUUGAUUGAUCGGGUUAAUCUAUCUGAAUCCGAGACUGAAUCAUCUCUCGAGUUUUUGCUCAACGAGGCUAAUGAGGCACUGAUUAGCGCCUUUCUGGUUCUCCUGAGAGCUAAAGGAGAGACAUACGAAGAAAUUGUGGGGUUGGCUAGGGGAAUGAUGAAGCAUGCGAGAAAAGUGGAUGGAUUAGUUGAUGCCGUGGACAUAGUCGGAACAGGUGGCGAUGGAGCUAACACAGUCAACAUAUCAACUGGAUCUUCAAUACUUGCUGCAGCUUGCGGUGCAAAAGUAGCAAAGCAAGGGAAUCGUUCGAGCUCUUCUGCUUGUGGAAGUGCUGAUGUAUUAGAGGCACUAGGAGUGGUGAUUGACUUGGGACCAGAAGGGAUUAAGAGAUGUGUCGAAGAAUCAGGGAUCGCUUUCAUGAUGUCACCAAUAUACCAUCCAGCUAUGAAGAUCGUUGGUCCUGUCCGUAAAAAGCUUAAAAUCAAAACUGUUUUUAACGUACUGGGACCUAUGCUUAAUCCUGCUAGAGUCUCUUAUGCCGUCGUUGGUGUAUACCACAAAAACCUGGUUCUGAAGAUGGCAAAGGCACUGCAACGGUUUGGUAUGAAAAGAGCAUUGGUUGUUCAUUCAUAUGGCCUAGACGAAAUGAGUCCGUUAGGAGGAGGGCUAGUUUAUGAUGUGACCCCAGAAAAGAUUGAAGAAUUCUCAUUUGACCCAUUGGACUUUGGUAUUCCUCGGUGUACAAUUGAGGAUUUGCGUGGUGGAGGUCCAGACUACAAUGCGGAUGUGUUAAGACGUGUGCUUUCAGGGGAAACUGGAGCAAUAGCUGAUUCAUUGAUCCUAAACGCAGCAGCGGCUCUUUUGGUUAGCAACCGAGUUAAAACGCUAGGUGAAGGAGUAGCUUUGGCACGUGAAGUACAGUCGUCAGGGAAAGCUAUCAAGACGCUUGAUUCAUGGAUUCAUUCAUCUAAGCUAGCUCAGAAAUCUCAGUGAUUAUCUACAUAUAUAUUUGGAUAUUGUAUGCAGUGAACGACUCAAGAAAGGUUUGUAACUCUAGUUUUAUUUGUCAAGCAAGAACAAGAGACAAGAGAAAGUGAUACUCAAAACAUUACAAAAAUAUCAUCAUCCUUAAUAAAAGCAAGUGAAUCUGUUUUAUAUUAUGAUC